GAUUGGUAAGUACGAGUCGUUACAUGAAUAUGGGGUAUCAACAUCAGAUGAAACGACGACAGUUAAAAAUAAUGUAAAAACAGAUGGAAUCAUGAACGACAAACGAGAUUUGACUGCUUUACAAAGUGAACAGAGUACUGUCAGUAAAAACAUUGGACAAUUUAGUGGUGGUGAACGAUCUGUAGCAGGAUUAUCACUACAAAUAACAAUGGGAUUUAUUGGCAUAAUAUCAAGUGCUGUGGUCCUUUAUCAUGCUAUUCCGAUGAUAGUGUUGGUUAAACAAAUGCUAUAUAACGCCUCAAAUGGACAAGUAACACAGAAAGAAGUUGAAGAUCAAUUGACUGAUACAGUUUCAUCAUGUAUAACAGAUACAGAUGAUGAGAGAAUAUAUAAAAUCCGAGAUAUUUAUUUGAAUGUUCCACCAUUAAGUCAUAUUGAUGUUAUUUUCAAAUAG